AUGCUGGAUGAUGAUGUUGAUGCUGAUGAUGAUGAUGAUGAUGAUGAUGAUGAUGAUGAUGAUGAUGAUGAUGAUGAUGAUGAUGAUGAUGAUGAUGAUGAUGAUGAUGAUGCUGAUGAUGAUGUUGAUGCUGAUGAUGAUGAUGAUGAUGAUGAUGAUGAUGAUGAUGAUGAUGAUGAUGAUGAUGAUGAUGAUGAUGAUGAUGAUGAUGAUGAUGAUGAUGAUGAUGAUGAUGAUGAUGAUGAUGAUGAUGAUGAUGAUGAUGAUGAUGAUGAUGAUGAUGAUGAUGAUGAUGAUGAUGAUGAUGAUGAUGAUGAUGAUGAUGAUGAUGAUGAUGAUGAUGAUGAUGAUGAUGAUGAUGAUGAUGAUGAUGAUGAUGAUGAUGAUGAUGAUGAUGAUGAUGAUGAUGAUGAUGAUGAUGAUGAUGAUGAUGAUGAUGAUGGUGAUGAUGCGUCGCUAUCGUUUGCACUGACGCAUUUUCUAAUAACUUGUUAA